GGCUGGAGGUUGGGAGCAAACAGCAGAUUUCGCUGCCACACAACACGCGGCCAGUCUGCCAGGGUGCGAAACGUGGCACUGACCGGCUACACCGGAGACACCAGGCCGGGGCUCCGCACGCCCCUGCUGCCCCGCGCCCAGCUCAGCCCCGCCCGCCGUCCCAGCGGCCCGCCCCGUGCGGGGCCUAGCAGCGCUGCCCCGGCCGGGCCAGGCCAUGCCCCGGGGCAGUCACUCCGACCCACGGCGGGGCCGCGGCCGCGCACCAAACCGCCGGGGCCACCACGCAGGCGGGGCCGCUGCGGGGCGCGGGGACAGCGCGACACCGGCGCUGCGGCCCCGAAGGCUGCGGCCGGGCCUGGGAGCGCGGCGGCGCUCAUCAGGCCGCCGAGGGUCACCGGACCCUGCCCGUCCCGCACUCACCGGCCAUAGCACCCCCGGCCCCGCCCGGCCCGCGGGCUGCGGCCUUCGGACGGCGACCCUCGGCCUUCGGCCUUCCUGCCAGGCCGGGGCGGGGCGGCCGGCGCUGGGCACCGCCUCCCGGGCCCGGAGGCGGUGCGGGAAGCGCGAAGCGAGGCGAACGGAGCGCCGGGCCGGGGGUAGCCGGGGCGGUACUGGGGUGGGCCCCCCUGAGACCCCCGUAGCCGACAUCGGGGUUCCCAUCGCCUUGAGCUUCAAGCACACAGUGAUUCAAAGCACAGUGAGUGAAGUGGAAGUAAAAAUCAAUCCCUCAGGAAUGCUGUGAUGUACAGUGCCACACUGCUUGGAGAUAUUUUUGUCCUGCAGACUCAGAUAAAUACACAAGAAGAAAGGUUAAACAUAUCUCCUCCUCAUGCCGGUGGCACGCAAGACCUCUACAGGAGGAUCGCUGUCCGGUUCGCUUUGCACAGACAGAUCCUUGCAGAGCCACUCGUCCACAGCGGAGGCCUCCGCAGUGCCCGUGCUCCCUGGGAGGGAAGGACCGCGCUGGGGCUGGCCCCGAAUGCCCUCCCAUGGUGAUAGUCACAUCCCGUGACAGUCAGGGCGCAGAGCCGGAUGGGGAAGCCGCAUCCCGGCCGCUGGGACGGCGAGCGACGCGAACAGCGAGGCAAGAAACGCGCCCCUCAAACCGCUCCGGAGCGAGGGGCACGCCGCGAACCGCCGCUUCCUGACAGAGCCCAGUGCCCUUCCAAAACUCUGAUUAAUUUCAGAGUUCCGCCUCCGAAUUUAGUGGCUGUCAAAAAUAGGUUAGAAACUAUUGUAAAAUAGUUGAUAGUUGUUAAGCAUGUACUGUUAGUUUGGUUAUGGCAAAAGGGUUAAAAGGGUAGUGAGAAGAAAUACGGUACUAUACGUACCAUAAUACACCUAAGUAAAGUGCACCACCCCCCAGCGAAAGGAGCCAGCCUGGACAGAACUGUCAUGGGCCAAUCAAGCGCCUUAAACCUUCAUGCAAACGAAGGUGCUGAAAAAAGAAAACCAAGGUGAAAAAAGGUGCUGAAAAAGAAACCAAUCCAAAGGGACAAAAAACAGGAUAAAAAGGGGGCUUCUGACCCACUGAACCUGUGCCGCUCCACCUGGAACAUCGGGGACAUCGCUGCUCAGAAGACCCAGCGCCGGCGCUGCAGCCUCCUCGACGGGAAUGCUCCUGCUCAGCCCGCGGGCCCCCUUGCUUUAGGCCUUUCCUUCUUAUUACAAUAAAUGCUGAAAUCACUUUUAGUACCGGGAAUGUGGUCCCGUUUUUAACAGUGGCCAUGCGAAGUGACCUGCACAGCGUUUUAUUUACCAGCAGAUUGAUUUCCUGCUUAGCUAAUCUCAAAAGCCAGUAAAGCGACCGAUUUGUUUAUUUGAGUGAAUUAUUUGACUUAUUAAAUAACACCCUUGUCCUGGCAACACUA